GCUAAGCCAGACAACCAUCAGAAUCGGUCUUUGGCUGAACGGUAAGCUGGCCGCUGAUAUGGAGGAAACUCAUCCAUGCAAAGGCGACAAGGGCCGUAAGCAGGUGGCAGGGCAUGUCAGGGUGACACCAGGAACCACUGCUCCAGAGGCAUGUGGCCAUGGCUGCGCCGACGAGCCAAAGGGUGGUCAGGAUGAUGAGGUCGUACCUCUCGGAGAUGAACCAGUUUGAAGGCAGAUGAGACCAGGGGAUCGUUAUAGCCGAAGUGACAAUAAGCUCAGUGAGGACGGGUUUAAAAAAGCUUUGGCUAUCGUCCAAGGGGCCUGUGGACAAGUUGCGCAACGUGUAAUGAAGCCCUGCACCACUUAGGCCGAGAGUCACUACAGCGAAAGGCCAC